UUAUGUGAUGUCUUCCGACUUGAGAGAUAUCUUUGUCUCUCAUUUCCCUUUUCUUUUCUCUUCCGAAAAUUUUUUUUUUCUUUCCUUUCUUUUCUUUUCUUUUCUUUUCCGUCAAUAGCUAGCUAUCUCUAUACUGAUUAUUCUCUUGGAAGUUGGAGCAUUUUUGUUUUCUGUUUCUUACACACAGGAGAUUUUCUCAGGUGUAGAUUGAGAAAGAAAGAUCUGUCGUUAGAUUGGUAUGAUUUGUUAGCAUUAUCAUUACUGCAUCUGAUCCAUUUUCCUAUUGCUUGGAUUUUCUUUGGUUUUGCUCCUAGAUCUGAACUUUUGCUGAUAGUUGUUUAUUCAUAGAAUCAUGAAGCAUAAAGAUGGAAAACUGGGUCCUCAACCUGAUAGAAGAUCCCGGGUUGUUCCCAUAACAAUUAUGUUUGCUGUACUCUGUGGGGUUUCCUUCUAUCUUGGUGGAAUUUUCUGUUCUGAGAGAAACAAAAUUGAGGUCAAGGAUGUCACAAAGGUAGUCUCAUCUCCCAAGGAAUCGGUGGUUUCUCCUCUUCAACUUAAAGCCACAGCUUUCCCCGAGUGCAGCAGUGACUAUCAAGAUUACACACCAUGCACAGAUCCAAGGAGGUGGAAGAAAUAUGGUUAUCAGCGGCUUACUUUUAUGGAACGUCAUUGCCCUCCAGCAUUUGAAAGAAAAGAAUGUUUAGUUCCACCACCAGAUGGGUACAAGCCACCAAUCAAAUGGCCAAAUAGCAGGGAUGAAUGUUGGUACAGGAAUGUGCCAUAUGAUUGGAUCAACAAGCAGAAAUCUAAUCAGAACUGGCUGAGGAAAGAGGGGGACAAAUUCCAUUUUCCUGGUGGAGGCACUAUGUUUCCUAGAGGAGUCAGUGCCUAUGUUGAUCUGAUGGAAGAUCUCAUCCCAGAGAUGAAAGAUGGAACUAUUCGUACUGCCAUUGAUACUGGUUGUGGGGUUGCAAGCUGGGGUGGCGAUUUAUUAGAUAGGGGGAUCCUUACUCUUUCUCUUGCCCCAAGAGACAAUCAUGAGGCUCAAGUCCAAUUUGCAUUGGAGCGUGGGAUUCCUGCAAUCCUAGGAAUCAUUGCCACGCAACGUCUUCCUUUCCCUUCAAGCUCAUUUGAUAUGGCUCAUUGCUCAAGAUGCCUUAUUCCAUGGACUGAAUAUGGUGGUAUUUAUCUCCUAGAAAUUAACCGUAUACUCCGUCCUGGUGGCUUCUGGGUCUUGUCUGGUCCACCAGUUAACUAUGAAAAUCGUUGGCGAGGAUGGAACACUACAAUAGAAGAGCAGAGAUCAGAUUAUGAGAAGUUGCAAGAACUUCUAACUGCAAUGUGCUUCAAACUGUACAACAAGAAGGAUGACAUUGCUGUGUGGCGAAAGUCUUCAGAUAGUAGUUGCUAUAGCAAGCUUGGUAAACCUGAAGCCUACCCGCCAAAAUGUGAUGACAGCCUUGAACCAGAUUCUGCAUGGUACACUCCGCUCCGUUCUUGUGUUCUUGCUCCCAGCCCAAAACUUAAGACAUCAGUUCUUGAAUCCAUCCCAAAAUGGCCAGAGAGGUUGCAUGGUGCUCCUGAACGUAUCUCAGAUGUUCCUGGUAGUAGCACUAGCGCUUUCAAACAUGAUGACAGCAAGUGGAAGGUGCGAGCAAAACACUACAAGAAGUUACUGCCAGCAAUUGGGACUGAUAAAAUAAGAAAUGUGAUGGACAUGAAUACAGUUUAUGGAGGUUUUGCUGCAUCAUUGAUUGAUGAUCCCUUGUGGGUCAUGAAUGUGGUCUCUUCUUAUGCUGUCAAUACACUUCCUGUGGUUUACGAUCGAGGCCUUAUUGGAACUUACCAUGACUGGUGUGAAGCUUUCUCAACAUACCCUCGAACAUAUGAUCUCCUUCACCUGGAUGGCCUUUUCACUAGUGAGAGUCACCGAUGUGAUAUGAAGUACGUGCUCUUAGAGAUGGAUCGGAUCCUUCGCCCCAAUGGGUAUGCAGUUAUACGGGAAUCCAGCUAUUUCGUAGAUGCCAUUGCCACCAUUGCGAAGGGCAUGAGGUGGGGUUGCCGUAAAGAAGACACUGAAUAUGGUGUUGCGAAGGAGAAGAUAUUGAUUUGCCAGAAAAAGCUCUGGUAUUCCUCUAAUCAGAGUUCAUGAAGAUAGAAAUAGAAAUCCCAAUUGUUGUGGUGAUCUCCUGAAAGGUGUGUAAUUGAGAACAAAGGAUUCCAGGGGAUAGACAUAGACAUCAUAUAUCAGUAAAGCUCAAUACUUCACCUGCAAAUUGAUUAAUCCACAAAAGCCAAGAUCUUCAAUUGGAGAAUUAGCUACACAAUAACUUAGUUUUGUUAAUUUAUAGUGGUCAUAAAGAUAUUUAUUCUUUGCAAGAUAUCCGCAUAUUCUUGUCUUUUUUGAGUUCUCUUGUUUUUGCUUUUGAUCUUUAUUCUUUUUAUUUUGUUAGAAAGUUGAUAAGGUAAGUGCAUGUGCCAAUUUUAUCACACAUUGUGAUUUCUGUGUAAUGAAAAUUAUCAAGUUUUUUCUCA